AGAGGUCCAGGGCGCCGGGGGCGGGGCCUGGUGCCAGCGGCUGCAGCGGCCAGGCUGGGUCCGAGCAUCCCGCGGCUUCGGACCCACCCGGCCCGGACAUGGCGAGCGUCCGGGCCUCCCCGCGAAGCGCGCUGCUACUUCUGCUGGCCGCGGCGGGGGUCGCGGAGGUGACCGGGGGCCUGGCCCCGGGCAGCGCGGGUGCUGUGUGCUGUAAUCAUUCAAAAGAUAACCAAAUGUGCCGUGAUGUAUGUGAGCAGAUUUUCUCCUCAAAAAGUGAAUCCCGACUGAAACAUCUGUUGCAGAGAGCCCCAGAUUAUUGCCCAGAAACAAUGGUUGAAAUUUGGAGUUGCAUGAAUUCAUCCUUGCCAGGGGUGUUUAAGAAGUCCGAUGGUUGGGUUGGCUUAGGCUGCUGUGAACUGGCUAUUGGCUUGGAGUGCCGACAGGCAUGCAAGCAGGCAUCUUCAAAGAAUGAUAUUUCCAAAGUUUGCAGGAAAGAAUAUGAGAAUGCUCUUUUCAGUUGCAUUAGCAGAAAUGAAAUGGGCUCAGUGUGCUGCAGUUAUGCAGGCCAUCACACCAACUGCCGAGAAUUCUGUCAAGCCAUUUUUCGAACAGACUCUUCUCCUGGGCCAUCUCAGAUCAAAGCAGUGGAAAAUUAUUGUGCCUCUAUCAGUCCACAGUUGAUACACUGUGUGAAUAAUUACACCCAGUCUUAUCCAAUGAGAAACCCAACUGAUAGUUUAUAUUGCUGUGACAGAGCCGAAGACCAUGCUUGUCAAAACGCCUGCAAGAGAAUUCUAAUGUCUAAGAAAACAGAAAUGGAGAUUGUUGAUGGUCUCAUUGAGGGUUGUAAGACCCAGCCCUUGCCUCAAGAUCCUCUCUGGCAGUGUUUUCUUGAAAGCUCACAGUCGGUUCACCCUGGAGUCACUGUGCACCCUCCUCCCUCAACCGGCCUUGAUGGGGCCAAAUUGCACUGUUGCUCUAAAGCAAACACUUCAACCUGUAGGGAACUGUGCACAAAACUUUAUAGCAUGAGCUGGGGAAAUACACAGAGUUGGCAAGAGUUUGACCGCAUCUGUGAGUAUAAUCCAGUGGAAGUGUCCAUGUUGACAUGUCUGGCUGACGUCCGGGAGCCUUGCCAGUUGGGCUGUACAAACCUGACUUACUGCACAAACUUUAACAACAGGCCGACAGAACUGUUCAGGAGCUGCACGGCUCAGUCUGACCAGGGGGCCAUGAGUGACAUGAAGCUGUGGGAGAAGGGGAGCAUCAAGAUGCCCUUCAUCAGCAUCCCCGUCCUGGACAUCAAGACCUGCCAGCCAGAGAUGUGGAAGGCCGUGGCCUGCUCCCUGCAGAUCAAGCCCUGCCAUAGCAAAUCCCGAGGAAGUAUUAUCUGCAAAUCAGAUUGUGUAGAGAUUCUCAAGAAAUGUGGAGACCAGAAUAAAUUCCCCGAAGACCACACGGCUGAAAGUAUCUGUGAGUUUCUGUCCCCUGCAGAUGACCUGGAGAGCUGUAUCCCUCUGGACACGUACCUCAGGCCAAGUACUUUAGGUAACAUCAUAGAAGAAGUGACUCAUCCCUGUAACCCAAACCCUUGCCCAGCCAAUGAGCUCUGCGAAGUGAACCGGAAGGGGUGUCCGUCUGGAGAUCCUUGCCUUCCGUAUUCCUGUGUUCAAGGCUGCAAAUUGGGAGAAGCUUCUGACUUCAUCGUCCGCCAGGGGACACUGAUCCAGGUUCCGUCCUCUGCAGGGGAAGUUGGUUGUUAUAAGAUCUGUUCCUGUGGGCAAAGUGGCCUCUUGGAAAACUGUAUGGAAAUGCACUGUAUCGACCUCCAGAAGUCUUGCAUUGUCGGAGGGAAAAGAAAAAGCCAUGGAACAUCCUUUACUAUUGACUGCAAUGUCUGUUCUUGUUUUGCCGGUAAUUUAGUAUGUUCCACCCGCCUGUGCCUCGGUGAGCACAGUUCAGACGACGACCGCCGCACCUUCACAGGUCUGCCCUGUAACUGCGCAGAUCAGUUUGUCCCAGUGUGUGCACAGAAUGGACGCACUUACCCCAGUGCCUGCAUCGCUCGCUGUGUGGGACUCCAGGACCAUCAGUUUGAGUUUGGACCUUGUAUCUCCAAGGAUCCCUGCAAUCCUAACCUCUGCCCCAAAAGCCAAAGAUGUGUGCCAAAACCACAAGUCUGCCUGACAACUUUUGAUAAAUUUGGAUGUAGCCAAUAUGAGUGUGUGCCCAGACAGCUCACCUGUGACCAGGCCCGAGAUCCUGUGUGUGAUACAGAUCACGUGGAGCACAACAACCUCUGCACCCUGUACCAAAGAGGAAAAAGCCUGUCUUACAGAGGCCCUUGCCAGCCUUUCUGCAGAGCCACGGAGCCUGUCUGUGGGCACAACGGUGAGACGUACAGCAGUGUGUGCGCUGCCUACUCGGAUCGCGUGGCCGUGGAUUACUACGGGCCCUGCCAGGCUGUCGGCGUCCUCUCGGAGUACAGUGCUGUGGCUGAGUGUGCUGCUGUCAAGUGUCCUCCCCUCUCAGCCAUAGGCUGCAAACCCAUCAUCCCACCAGGGGCUUGCUGUCCACUAUGUGCCGGGAUGUUACGGGUAUUAUUUGACAAAGAAAAACUGGACACUAUUGCUAAGGUGACAAGCAGGAAGCCCAUAACAGUUCUGGAGAUCCUUCAGAAGAUCCGCAUGCACGUGUCUGUGCCCCAGUGUGACGUGUUUGGAUACUUGAGCAUCGAGUCGGAAAUUGUGAUCCUGAUUAUUCCUGUGGACCAUUACCCAAAAGCUUUGCAGAUUGAGGCCUGCAAUAAGGAGGCAGAGAAAAUCGAGUCCCUCAUCAACUCCGACAGCCCCACGCUGGCAUCCCACGUCCCGCUCUCGGCCCUCAUCAUUUCCCAAGUGCAGGUCUCCAGCAGUCUCCCGUCAUCUGCUGUUGUGGGCUGGCCUCCCUUCCACUCCCUGCUCCUCCUCCUCAGCCUGGGCCUCACCAUGCACUUGCCCUGGACUUGUCCCUGACCACCCACAGAACCGCCAAGCCUUUCUCCACCCAGCCGUCCACCUUGUGAAAGACAUUCAGGACUGCUAGCUGGUGACCAAGCAAAGACAUGUGUCACCUCUUAGCACCACACAGUAUUUUUUCAUCUGCCAAUAUUAGGGGUUUUGCCUUGGUUUUUAAAAUGGUAAAUUAGACUCUCCCAAUGUAAUGAAGAUGAUGCCUCUUCCUGGUGGACCCCUGGCCAGUUCACACUCCCUCAGUAGAUGCUCCCCUUCCCCAAAGCAAAUUUAGCAUCCCUGGUCAAUGGCAUGGUCACUUUAUAGGAGGCGGCCCCCUUUGUCCUUGGGUUGGUACCCUGGUCUCCUCAGAGUUCCCGGGAGUGCUGAGGUCACCGUGUGCUUGUUUCUGUGUCUGGAAGCUGAGGGCUCAGUGAAAAGCCCCUGCCUGCCAUGAUAGGGUGGGAGGAGAAAAACAUCUUUGAAUUCUCACAAGCUCAUCAGGCUGACUCCAUAGAAAAGGCAGGACUCUACUGUGCUUAGCAAAAGCAAGAAGACCAAGUGACACUCGUGCCUGUCUACACUUGGGCCUCUCAGCAGUUGUCAUUUGUGCCUGUGAGUGGGGGCAAUACCACAGCAUCCAAGCAUCUGUGUCAUGUCUGCCCUGUUAUGUUGGCCAGAUACACUGGCCAGUACUCACCAAGUUCACAGGUUUAAAGAUCAAACUUUAAACCAAUUGCUGCUGCUAUAUAAUUGCCAAAAAGUAAGAUAAUUAGUAGUUCAUGUAAAUAGUACAUGAUUUUUUAUUUUAUUAUGAAGGUGAAUAGCCAUAUUUGUAAAGUGACAAUCAUGUGUGUUAGCCCCACACUUUCCGUUCUUGAAGACACAUCUGCUUUUUGUAAUGUGCACAGUGUGGAUAAGUGUGUGUCUGACUUUCCUUUUAUAGAGAAUUAUAAAGAAUGUGGUUUAUAUAUUUAAAAUAUCAGGCUAAAUAUUAAAAUGUUUGCAUGUUGUCUAAGAAAUUGGAUACUUUGAAUGUUUUACAGUUUGAAAUAAGCUAUUAAUGUAAUACUUCCUGUUUGUAUGCACCUGAACUUAGAUUUUACAUGAAGUAUUUUUCAGUGUUAUAUGUACCCUCUGAAAUAUAGCAAUAUGCUUAUUAUACCAAAAUGUUGUUGAAAAGUGGGCACUUAAUGCUUUCAGAGGGUCUCAGUGCUGAUGUCGAUGUACCUCUGUCACAGUUGCCUAUUUCUGUCUAAAUGUUUUCAACAUACUAGACUAUAUUAUAUGUAUAUUCUCUAUAUAGUAUACCACAAUAUACUAUAUAUAUUCUAUAUAUAGUAUACAGCACUAUACUAGAAAGCCUUUCUAUUUUAAUAAAAGUAAUUUUAUAUGAUUAUGUGUACUUCCAAGCAGUGUGAACACCCAGAAUGAAACAGUCCCUUACUCU